AUGAGCGCUACGUGCACCUAUACCCGACCGCGCCGUGCUGCCGCGAUGCGCGUGGAUGCGGAGCGUGAUAUGACGGGAGAGGGCGUCGAUCUGGAAGAAGAGCCGCGCGCCCCCAAGCGGACACGCACCUCGCGUGCCUUGCAUCGCAAGACCGAUCACUCGGUCAUUGAGCGCCGCCGACGCGAGAAGAUCAACGAUCGUCUCAUAUGUCUGCAAAGCACCGUCCCAGCCUGCCGUGAAAAGGCGCGCGAGUGCAUUGAGAAAAAGAGUCCGAGUGGGACGUGUGGGACAGACGAUAUCGAUGCGCGCAUCGGCUCAGAUAUCGUGCUCGAGAAGCUGUGCAUCAUUUCGCACACGGUCGACUAUGUGAUGGAGCUGCGUGCCAAGCUCAAAGCGUACGAGACUCAGUGCCAUUGCGACCCGAAGCUGCCGAUCAUGGCCGAGCGCGACGAUGGGGCUCACUGCCUGACGACGCACCCGGAAAAGAUGCAGUGCGAGCGCUCGAGCGAGGCAUCGAGCGAGAGUCCCGACCCCAAGUGCGCCACGCCUGUGCCUGACGAGAAGCACGCUCUGCCGGAUCUCUCCGAGCGUGCGGAGCUCCCAGACGACGAUGUCGUGCCUGCAGCGCCACCACACUAUCAGCAUCACCACCACGAUCAUGACAUGUGGUGCCGCCCAUGGCGGCCAUGGAUCCCAUGGCACGCGCGUGCAUACCUGCCUCCCCUGUGCUACGACGCGCCCCCUGUGGCCGGGACGGCGUCCGCCGUAGCGCCGAUGCCCGUCAUGCCGCCGCCGCCGUAUGCGAUCGCGCCGACGCGCGCAUGCCACCAUCACCACCACCACCACCCUGUGCGCACCCGCGAUCCAUGGUGCCGUGCACCCCACCGAGCCUACCAGGCUUGGGGUCCGUUUGCCGCGCCGCCGUCCCCCCUGUCACGUAAGCACAAGGCAGCCCGAGACGAUGCGCUGUCGAUGUAG